AUGACUACCACGGUGACUGAGACCGCUCCAGAGAGCUACAAGCUCGAGCUCAUGUCCGCCUACGGCCCCGUCUACCGCGACGUGCUCAAGACCCCGCCCCGAGACUGCGACGCAUCCGAGGUCCCCGUCAUCGACCUCUCAACCAUACACGGCACCGAGGCCGAGCGCAAAGCCCUCGCCGCCACCAUCCGUGACGCGGCUGAGAACACGGGCUUCUUUUACAUCAAGAAUCACGGAAUCCCCAAGGCCACCAUCGACGCGGCCUUCUCGCAGGCGCAGGCCUUUUUCUCGCAGCCGAAUGAGAAGAAGGCGCUGGCGACGCAAAAGAAGAGCAAAUUCUUCAACGGGUGGACUGAGAAGCGCGCUGCGCAGAUCUCGCCGACGGAGACAAAGGAUCAUCGUGAGGGGUUCAGUUUUCGGUAUGAUCCGCGGUAUGACCCCGAGACCAAGGAUCCGGAUGCCGUCCCAGAGGAGGUGAAGCCAUGGAUGAAGCAUGAGGACUUUGUGUGGGAGGGUACGAGCCAUCUGCCCGGGUUCAAGGACGAUAUGAUUACCUACUGGCAGGGCUGUUUGACGCUUGCGAGGAGCUUGAUCAGGGCUUUCGCAUUGGCGUUGGAUGUUCCUGAGAACUAUUUUGACGAUGUUAUUACAUAUCCCGGAAGUGAUAGCGUCUGCAACUAUUACCCCAAGAACACUGAAGCGCAAGACGCCACGAUCGACGUUGGCCUGGGCGCUCACACUGACCUGCAGUGCUUCACCCUCCUCUGGCAGGACAGUGUGGGCGGGUUGCAGGUACUCACAAAAGACGGGCAGUGGAUCAAGGUGCCGCCAGUUCCCGGCACCUUUGUCAUCAACAUUGGCGACUUUUUGCAGCGGUUGUCCAACGAUAGAUUCAAGUCAACGGUCCAUCGGGUCUUCAACUACGCCCCCGAGGACCGGUACUCUAUGCCCUUUUUCUUUGGGUUUAAUCAUAAUGAACAGUGUUCUGUGCUUCCUACUUGCACGGAUGAGAAGAAUCCGCCCAAAUAUGAGCCGAUCAGCUGUGGUGAGUGGUGUCGUUUGAGGUUUGAGAGAACAUAUGAGUUCUCGAGGUCUAAGGACUGCAAAUGA